GAAAACUAAUAGCACCGAGGCACCGACAUUGAAGUUACAUUUCUCUAACAAUUAUGGCUUAUUUUGAGAUACAAGUUUGGUAAAUGAAAGAAAGAAGUUUCGUCGUGAUGAGAGGUGCAACGAACGCUGUGAAUAAUUGUGGAAAAACAGUGUGCAUGCAUUAAAUGCGACGAGCUACUAUUGUUAGUAGUUGAAAACAUUUAAAGAGUUAGAGGGACCAGUAUAGUAGAACAUAUAUCCUUCCUGGGGUUAUAAAAGCCUCUCAUCAUGAUAGCUUCUAUGUACUACACCAACCAUAGGAGUAAAGAGAGUGUGAGUGAUUUGAUAUAGUAAAGAUGUUACUAGGGAACAAGAAAGCAGCUUUAUUGUUAUUGCUUUGUGCGCAUGUUUUUGUGGCUGAUAUUGUGGUCGCAAGGAAUGUAGCAAGUGUAAACAAUGAAGAGGAGAAGAACCUUUUAGGAUUUGGUAAGGGAGGUGGAUUUGGAGUUGGAUUUGGUGGAGGCGGAGGAGCUGGUGGAGGUGGUGGGUUUGGAGCUGGAGGAGGAGGAGGACUUGGAGGUGGUGCGGGUGGUGGAGGAGGGUUUGGAGGUGGUGCAGGUGGGGGCGGUGGACUUGGAGGUGGAGGAGGGUUUGGUGGAGGUGCUGGUGGAGGGCAUGGAGUUGGAGGUGGGAUUGGUAAAGGAGGAGGAAUUGGUGGUGGGAUAGGAAAAGGUGGAGGACUUGGUGGGGGUGGUGGCUUUGGAAAAGGUGGAGGCUUAGGAGGUGGAAUAGGUAAAGGUGGAGGACUUGGAGGUGGUCAUGGUGGAGGAUUAGGAGGUGGUGGUGGCUUUGGAAAAGGUGGAGGACUUGGAGGUGGUCAUGGUGGAGGAUUAGGAGGUGGUCAUGGUGGAGGUGCAGGUGGGGGUUUUGGAAAGGGUGGUGGUAUUGGAGGUGGCAUUGGCAAGGGUGGAGGUCUUGGUGGAGGAGGAGGCUUUGGAAAAGGUGGUGGCAUUGGAGGUGGAAUUGGCAAAGGUGGAGGUCUUGGUGGUGGAGGAGGUUUUGGAAAAGGUGGUGGUGUAGGAGGUGGGAUUGGCAAAGGUGGAGGUCUUGGUGGUGGUGGAGGCUUUGGAAAAGGUGGUGGUGUAGGAGGUGGAAUUGGCAAAGGUGGAGGUCUUGGAGGAGGUGGUGGUGUAGGAGGUGGAAUUGGCAAAGGUGGAGGUCUUGGAGGCGGUGGAGGCUUUGGAAAAGGUGGCGGAGUUGGAGGUGGAAUUGGCAAAGGUGGAGGUUUAGGUGGUGGUUCCGGUGGAGGUGGCGGUUUAGGUGGUGGCGUUGGAGGUGGUUCUGGCACCGGUGUUGGUGGCGGAAUUGGGAAAGGUGGAGGUUUAGGUGGAGGUGUUGGCGGUGGUUCAGGAGGAGGUUUAGGUGGUGGUGUUGGAGGCGGUUCUGGUGGUGGCAUUGGAGGAGGAUUCGGUAAAGGUGGUGGUUUCGGCGGUGGUGCUGGUGGAGGUUCUGGCGGUGGUAUUGGUGGAGGAUUUGGCAAAGGUGGUGGUUUUGGAGGAGGUGUUGGCGGAGGAGCAGGAGGUGGUUUCGGUGGAGGGGCUGGUGGUGGAUUCGGUGGUGGUGGUGGCGGAGGAGGAGGCGGAGGCGGUGGAAUUGGACAGUUGCACCACUGAGCAUCACUAUUAUCGUUCAUGUUGCAUGCGAUAUAGACAGACUACAUCAUUUUAUUGAGCUUCUAUUGUUUCUGCAUUAGACAUUUACAUCAAAAACUUGCAAGAGUGAAGUUAAAAAUAUUAUUAUGCUUAUCAUAUUAAUGUAUGAAAUUUUCUGUAAGAACGUUGUAUGAAAGAAUCAAAUAUAUGGUUUUACUUUUCUUUUA